GCGGCCGGCGUGCUGGCCGAGGUUGCCUGGACAGGGGAGGUGCUGUGUGUGUGGUGGCUGGCAUGGUGCUGGAGUGGAAGGGAGUCGCCGUGCUGCGGGGAGUGGUGAAGAUGGAGGGGGCGGCCGGCGUGCUGGCCGAGGUUGCCUGGACAGGGGAGGUGCUGUGUGUGUGGUGGGUGCUGGGGCCGGAGGAGAUGAUCCCGGUGGUGGGCGUGGCCGCGGGCGUGGGCAUGGGCGUGGCCGAGGCCGUGGCCGGGGCUGUGGGUGUGGCUGAGGUGCUGGCCAGGGCGAGUGUGGAGCCGAGGUCCACGGUGGCGGUGGAGGUGGCGGUGGAUGGACCCGCGGGGCCGGUGGAUGUGGCCUCGGUGGUGGCGGGCGUGGAGCUGGGGGCUCCCGUCCUGACCGAGGAGGGAGGGAGAGUCGUGGAUGUGUGCAGCGUGGCGGAGGCCGGGAGGGGUGAGGUGAAUGCGGACGUGAGGGUGCUCCCGGGGGAGCCGACGGUGGAGGAGGUGAGGACCGGGGCCCUGGACGGUGCCGUGGGCACGGGUGUGGUCACCAGGAGGGUGCUAGCAGCCCUGGUGGUGUGGGCAGCGGAGGCCGAGGCCAGAGGGGCCGUGAGAGAGGUGGCCGGGGCUGCGGUGUCCCUGGGAGUGGCGACCUGCGUGGUGGACCCGGUGGGAGUGCUGGCGGGAGGCGAGGGGCCGGCCGUGGUGUGGGUGGUGGGGAGUGUGGUGGUGUCGGUGGGCAGAGGGCUGGUGUUCGGGGUGGAGGCGGAGGCGGGCUCUGUGCUGGGGGCAGGUGGAGGGGAGCGAGGCACCCCCGUGGACGAGGUCAGGCUAUGGGUGGCCACGGGAGUCGAGGUGGUGGAGGCGGGAGCAUAGAGGGUGCUGCUGGGCGUGGCGGAGGACGUGACU